GGGCCGGAACCCCGCAUCAGCUCGCUUUCUGUCGGCCUCGACGAUCAACUUGAUCUCUCGGAAAUUUCUCGUUAAAUUCUUGGAUCCCGCCCCUUGAUCGGCUUAUCUCUCGUGAAGGGUGCCGUUCCAACACCCGGAAAAGACAGACAUGGUCACCGACAGUCGGCGUCGAUCCACCAGCACUGAGGGGUCAGUCCCCGCAAAGCGCCCGAGAAGGGCGUCGGACUCCCCGGCCAAGCACCCAAAUGGACCUCGCCAGAAGAUCACGAGAGCCUGUGACCACUGUAAGGACAAGAAGACCCGCUGUACAGGCACUCUCCCCUGCAUCCGGUGCACCAGGCUAGCGCUGCCGUGCGAGUAUAAUGCGGCUUACUCCCGCGGCUUGCCUCCUGAGCCCCUCCCCGCACCCUCGUCGGUGGACAGCUACAUCUCUCCUCGCGCCAAAAGAGCCACUCCAAUUGAUCGAGGCCUAGGGCAUCAACGGUCGAUAUCGUCGCGACAGUCUCCAAGGGUGGGUGGGAACACAUCCCGAAAUGAAGUCUCCCAGCGCAAUUCUCCCGACCCUGCCGUGACCGACUUGGAAGGCAACUAUCUGGGGCCUGCAUCGGGAGUAUCGUUUCUCAACCGUGUCUGGCGUCGCUUGCAUCAGGAUGAAGUGCAUGCGAUCCCUGAUCGUCUGGAGAAUGAACCCUCCCCCAAGAACACGUCCGUGUUCAUGUUUGGCGAUAAGCCUUACUCGGACUAUCGCGAGGUCGUCUUCACCCUUCCUCCCUUCAACACAGCGCAAGAGCUGGUAGACAUCUACUUUGACUUUUCCAUGGUCACGUAUCGUUUUCUACAUCGGGGAAGUGUGCAGGAAUGGCUCCGACAGGUGUAUGCAAAUAACAUCUCCUCUGCAAACCUCCCGAUGGGCCCGAUGGUGGUGAGAACGGCCAUCAUCCUCAUGAUAUUUGCCGUGAGUACCCUCUAUGAGGAGCAGAAACCUAGCAAGCAGGUAGAUGGGUGGUGUAGAAGCGAGCAGUGGUAUGCGGCCUCCAAAUACAUGACUUCUCUAGAGUCGGGACCUCCCCGACUGGAAACGGUCCAGGCGCGGUUAGGUCAGUGUCUCUACCUGCUCUCCACCUCCAGGGCCAAUGAGUGUUGGUAUUCUUUUGGGACCGCGCUUCAGCUUGUCACCGCCCUGGGCCUGCACCGGAAAUUCCCAGGCAAGCGUCCCAAGGGAGGAAAUACCUAUCUGGAACGGGAGCUCCGUAAGCGCAUCCUGUGGAGCGCCUAUAUGCUGGAUAGAUAUCUCAGCGUCAUGUUCGGUAGGCCUCGAUUGCUACACGACGAAGACAUUGACCAAGAUCUUCCGGACGAGGUGAAUGACGAAGACAUGCUACAAGACGAUCCCGCACAAAGAACCGGUUCCGCCGAUUGCAUGAUGAUUGCUUCCAUUUUGCACUUCAAACUGGGUCGAAUCCUUGGUGAUAUCUCUCGGCAGCUCUACACGGUGAAUCCUUCUUCACGCAGUCCGCCCCUGGAGACGGCUGUCCGACUCACGUCCGAGCUGGAGCAAUGGAAAGCGAAUGCACCGCCACUUUUCAACGGUGUCCGCGCGACGAGCCUUAUUCCACCUCUCUGUAGGCAAAGUCAGGUUCUGCAACUGGCAUACUCGCACGCGGUCAUCCAUGCAACCAGAUCUUUCCUGUUGAAUGACUUUACGGAUUUAAGAAGGCGCCCACAAGUCCCGCAUCCGGUAGUGUCUAGCCAUGUGCGCAAAUGUGUUCAAGCUGCCCAGGAAGUGAUGGAAUUGGUGGAUGGACUAGCCAAACAGAGUGUUCUGAUUCACUCCUUCUGGUUCACCCACUACGUGUGCUUCUGCGCCAUCACUGUGGUCUACAUAUAUACCAUCCAACAGCAUCGAUCGUCAGACCUGGAGACAUCGUCGCCAGGCUCUGAAGAUGUCGAUCGUCUAAGCUCGCUCUUCAGGCUUGCGGAGACAUGCCAGCAACACCUCGCAGAGGCCACUCGCAAGAAUUGUCCCAGUCGGCGCUAUAGUAUCAUUCUCGAGGAGCUCCGAAAGGAAGUUCAUCGGCAGAUUGGUCCGCACACUGGCAGCACUGAUCCAUCCCAGCCGGUCCGUGCCAAGUUCAGCACGAAUCAGGAGCCAGUUGGAGAACAACAAAUCAGUCCAUCAUAUACGUAUCCCCCGAUUCCUCUAGAUAGUCCGUUCAAUUAUUCGGAUGGCCUACAAGCGACGGGUCUCCAGCUGUUUGGGCCCGAUGGUGAUUUCGGCCUCAUUGAUAACCUAGAGGGAUCGGUUUGGUGGGCCCAGUUAGACUCUUGGGCAUUUAGCAAUUUACCCGGGGACCCUUCCACACUCGGCCUGUAACAGUGAUUUACUCAUUCUUAUACCGUUCCAUUAACCAGACCUUAAGGGAGCACGAAUGCGCUUUAGCAUGUUGCCCCGGAUUGCGGAACAGGGGGGACGGCAUCAGAACCAUAGGUGUUUUGAUCGACCCCUAGGGUCACCUGCAAUAUCUGGGGAUGGGCCACAGCACCCUGGCAUCGGCUGCAUAAUUUCCGGGUUGCUCGAUUGGUGCAAGGAUGUUUUCCGAGGGUCUCAGCGCAUGGUAAAGCAAUUUU